AUGCGAAGCGAGUAUCAGCUGACAGAUUCAGCCAAAUACUUUCUCGAAUCUGCGGCGUGUUUAGCGAACCAGGUACAGGCAUCUGAGCAGGACAUUCUCUACUCCAGAGUGGCGACCACCGGUGUAGUCGAAGUGAAGUUCAAAAUCAAAGAACUGGAUUUC